AUCAACAACAAAGUAUUCCAAACUCCCUAUCCAACACAUUCUACCCAAGAUAACAUCAGAUUUAUAUCCCACAACCGCCCAGCUGAUGGUUUAAUAAGAAAAUGGACGCGUUUAAAGAGUUUUAAACACUUUUCGACUGCUUUAUAGUGAUUUCCAUGUAGGGGAACAAAUCAAAUCCGGUUUGCAUUGUUGGGGUUUAGCGGAGAGACUGGAAACUCCUCGCCGUGGAUCGGGCCUGUUUCAGCACAUAACCUAUUCAAGGUGCUUAAGAAGUCACAAUGUCGAUUUUGGGUCUAAAAAAGAAGCAAGCAAAGACUUUUAAAGUCAAAGUCAGCACCAUGGAUGCUGAAAUGGAGUUCAGUUGUGAGGUCAAAUGGAAAGGGAAAGAUUUGUUUGACCUGGUGUGCCGGACCAUUGGUUUGAGGGAAACGUGGUUCUUUGGCCUUCGAUAUACAGUGAAAGACACUUAUGCCUGGCUGAAGCCUGAUAAACGGGUUUUGGAUCAAGAAGUUCCAAAGGACUCUCCGAUAACAUUUCAUUUUCUCGCCAAAUUCUUUCCCGAGAAAGUCGAGGAUGAGCUUGUUCAGGAAAUUACUCAGCACCUCUUCUUCUUACAAGUCAAAAAGCAGAUACUAGAUGAGGAGAUAUUUUGCUCUCCGGAAGCCUCUGUUCUUUUGGCGUCAUAUGCUGUUCAAGCCAAGUAUGGGGACUAUGAUCCAAACUUUCACAAGCCAGGUUUUUUAGCUCAAGAUGAACUCUUGCCCAAAAGAGUGCUGAUGCAGUACCAGAUGACACCAGACAUGUGGGAAGAGAAGAUAACAGCUUGGUAUGCUGAACACAGAAAUAUCACAAGGGACGAGGCUGAGAUGGAGUAUCUAAAAAUAGCACAGGAUCUAGAGAUGUAUGGAGUUAGUUACUUUUCUAUUACACAAAAUAAGAGGGACACAGAGCUGCUUCUUGGAGUUGAUGCUCAGGGUCUUCAUAUCUACAGCCCCAGCAACAAGCUCAGCCCCAACAAAUCCUUCCCCUGGAGUGGAAUCCGAAACAUCUCGUACAGCGAGAAAGAGUUUACUAUCAAACCAUUGGACAAGAAAAAGGAAGUUUUUAAAUUCUACUCCUCUCAGCUCAGAGUUAACAAACUGAUCUUACAGCUGUGUAUUGGAAACCACGACCUGUUCAUGAGGAGGAGGAAGGUGGAUUCCAUAGAGGUCCAACAGAUGAAGGCUCAGGCCAAAGAGGAGAAGGCCAGGAAAAAGGUUGAGCGUCAAAUUCUUGCACGGGAGAAGCAGAUGAGAGAGGAAGCGGAGCGAGCGAAAGAAGAGAUGGAGCAUCGUCUGUUCCAGCUACAGGACGAGGCUCGAAUGGCCAAUGAUGCUCUACUGCGCUCCGAGGAGACGGCCGACCUUCUGGCAGAGAAAGCCCAGAUCGCAGAGGAGGAGGCCAAACUGCUGGCCCACAAAGCAGCUGAAGCAGAACAGGAGAGGCAGAGGCUGGAGGUCACAGCCCUCAAAACCAAAGAGGAGAAGAGACUGAUGGAGCAGAAGAUGAGAGAAGCAGAACAACUGGCGGUUAAGCUUGUUGAGCAGUCGGAGAGGAGAUUGAAGGAGGCAGACCACCUGAAACAGGAUCUGAAUGAGGCUAAAGAUGCAGAACGGAGGGCAAAGCAGAAACUCCUGGAAAUCACCAAAUCAACAUACCCUUUAAUAGCAGCAUACUCCAGCCCUCCUCCAUCCACUGGGCCAGAGAGUCCAGAUAGGACUGUAGACAUGGCCAGCUCCAUCAGAAUGGACUUCAAGAACUCGGAUAUGAAAAGACUUUCCAUGGAGAUUGAGAGAGAACGGCUAGAGUACAUGGAGAAGAGCAAACAUCUUCAAGACCAGCUGAAGGAGCUCAAAUCAGAGAUUGAAUCCUUGAAGUUGGAAGAGCAGCAUCAGGCUGGACUCUACAGUCUCAGGAGUUACGCUGAACCUCCUUAUAUUCCCCACAGCAAUAGAAAUUCUGCCUACAUGGCUCAGAUGGCCUUCUACGAGGAAGUGUGAAAGAACAAUCCAGUCUCUGUUUCAGGAACAGGAGGGUCUGGAGAAGCAGUUUGCAGCUAUCACUGAAGCAUGCAACCUCAUAUACUGUGCUUUUAAGAUUAAUAUAUUUCUUUUUUUGAGCAAUUUGGUUUUGUGUACACUUCAAUUCAGGUUUUACUACUACCACAAAUUGUUUGGCACUUUCAAGCACAUGAAACCAUGUUUGUUUACAUGCCAAAAAUAUUUGCUGGAUAUGCAAGGGACAUUUCUGAUACAGAUAGUGCCUUCAGAAUUCUCAAAUCUUUGAGUGAUGAACACAAGCAUGCUGACAAGGUUGGAAGCCACCAGAAAUACUAGGACUUAAUCUUUUCCUAUGGGAUGCUUUAUCAGUUUAACACUAGGUGCCUUUAACAAAUGCCACAGAUAGUGGUUUUAACUACAAUAUCAACCAGUGUCAAUUCAUUUGAUGUAUUUGCAUGUUUUGAACUGUGGAUUGUGUUCUUUUUUUAUUGUUUUUCUCCUUGGUGCUUUUUGAAUGUGUAGAUGAUUGAUAUUUUCCAGUACACUCCAGUGCUUUUGGAAAAGCUUGCACUACUCAUUGGGCUGAAUGAUUCUCUACCCAUGCACUCUUUCUCGCGGUAUGACUGGUCGUAUAACCCGCUCGACAAACACGUCAGCUGUAACUAUCAUAUUCAGGAACAGAGGGAGAUUGAUGGCCUCUCUGUUUAUAAAUGUGCUGUACUCAUCCAUUUUGGCUGGAGACUCAGACUCUUGAGUGUUUUUUGAAUCCGUGACAGUUUUUGAUAUAGUGAUACACAGGCAGAUUUAUUGGUUUAUCUACCGUUUUCUGUUAUGGUUAUGAGCCAUGUUGACAUUUCAGCACAUUUACAUCUGAGUAACAUUUCAGAUCUGUUUUUUUUCCCCUUUAAAAAUAGGUUUUUGGUUUUAUUAGAGAACGCCAGAAUGUCCUUUGUUUCAAAAUGCAAAAUGCAAUGUAUCCAAUUACACAGGACACAUACAUUUUGUACUCAUUUUUAAAUGUUUAGAAUGCUUUUGGGUAUAAAGAUAGUGAGUUUGUUGCUGAAAUGUUGAUUUGAGAAAAACGUGCACUCGUGUAUAAAGGGAUGAGUUGUUAAUUAUGUUGGAGGAGCUGAAAGGUUGUUAUGCCUCAUGUUACAGCAUUUAGCAGCAUUAAUGGAUUUUGGAGCAAUAUCUUUUGUAAAUGCACUACAUGCAUUGCUAAGUCUUAGUUUAAGUGCAAGACAUUCCUGUUAUCGUCAGCAUGACUGCACAUUAGCUUGAGAUGUCUUAGGCAAUUGUUCAUGUUUUAAUGAAUGCCGUAACCAAGUUUGUCUUUGUCUUUAUCCAUCUGCACCACGUAAAGAACCUUGUUUUUUGCAUAAAUUUCAUAACGUCAUUAUCAACAAGGAUCAUUUUCACUCUCUGAUUGAUUGAAACGCCUAUCACAGCACAAGUUGCCUUUGUUCAAUAUGUGUGCCAUGGAUUCAGACACAGAUUGUCCAUAUGAAUGUGUGGACAUGCAGCAAUCUCAUGCGCAGUGAAUUGUAAACUGAUAUACAAAUAAACUGAAAAGAUGCA